CUCAACCGGAGUGACAAAAUACGGACUGUUUUACUCGCGAAAAGUCGACGAGGCAGAAAAGAGGAUUGAUAGAUCCGCACACGCGAGGAGAAAGUUAUUACAUACAUACCUGCCCAGUAUACCUGUCUACCUGACUACCUAUCUAUUUGCCUAAGCCAGCGCGAUCAUCCGUCUCGACUGCCUGCUUAUCCACUACCGUUGCCGUUGAUCUCUGGGGAUUCCCUUUGUUAAGCAUCUCUCGACAUUAAGGUGCAAGCCCGGAGAAGCGAUGGUGGAGGUGCUUUUGGAUCGUAUCGAUGGCCAGGAGGUGGCCGUUGUUGACUCGAAUUGCAUAUCGGAAUCACCGACGAAAUGCUCGCUGACGGAGAACUCGUCGCCGAUCAACGAGAACCUGUCCCCGAUUCAGGAGUUCUACUAUGGUCAGAGCAUCUUUAUUACUGGUGGUACCGGCUUUAUGGGCAAACUGCUGAUUGAGAAGCUUCUCAGGACGUGUCCUGGAGUGGCCUCGAUCUAUUUGUUGGUGCGCCCGAAGAAGGGUAAAGACGUGCAUCAACGCACCGAAGAGAUCUUUGACGAUCCGCUAUUUAUAAAACUUAGAGACGAGCAGCCAAAGUUUCGGCAUCAAAUCGUCGCUAUAGCAGGGGAUUGCAGUCAACCGAAUCUCGGAAUAUCCUGGCAAGAUCGAACCACUAUUAUUCGGGAAGUUUCAAUCGUUUUUCACGUCGCGGCUACGGUCAGAUUCGAUGAGAAGUUGAAACUAGCGGUGCCAAUUAACGUCAGAAGUACGAGAGACAUUCUGAAUCUUUGCAAGGAGAUCCCGAAUCUGAAGUCUUUUGUACACGUGUCGACUGCGUACGCAAACUGUCCGCAAAGAGUGAUCGAGGAGAAGUUUUAUGAUCCGCCAAUGGACUCUGACAAACUAAUUGCUCUUAUGGAAUGUGUGGAAGACAAGUUGGCUGAAGACAUCACUCCGCAAUUAUUAGGAAAAUGGCCGAACACCUAUACCUAUACGAAAGCAGUCGCUGAGAAUGUGAUUAGGAAACAGGUUGGCGAUUUGCCAAUCGGCGUUUUUCGACCCGCCAUUGUGAUUUCAACAUACAUAGAACCGGUGCGGGGUUGGAUCGACAACUUGUAUGGUCCAACGGGAGUUGCUGCCGGUGCUGGAACUGGAUUGUUGCGAUCAAUCCAUUGCGAUGGUUCGGUUCAUGCAAAUGUGGUACCUGCCGAUUUUACUGUCAACGCUCUAAUCGCGUGUGCAUGGGAUAUAGGAAAUAUACAAAGAUCAAACAAUAAAUCGCAUUCCGAUAUUCCGAUUUAUAAUUAUGUGUCUAAAGACAAUCCGAUAACUUAUGAUCAACUGAAAGAUAUGUCAGCGAAGUAUGGUCUUGAGAUUCCCUCGACCAGGGCGAUCUGGUACUACAGCUUCAGAAACAAUAAACACAGACUAGUUCACCUAUUCUUUGUGUAUUUUUGUCAUUUGUUCCCGGCUUUGUUGGUCGACACUGCGACUGUCUGUAUGGGAAGACAACCGAGAUUACUUAAGGUUUAUAAAAAAAUACAUAAAUUUAUGGAUGUGCUAAACUAUUUUUCCACGCAAGAAUGGAAAUUUACCAAUGAUCGGUUGCAUGCGCUGAUGGCGAAAUUCACGUCUAAAGAUCGCGAGAAUUUCUUCUGUGAUAUACGGAAUGUCGAUUGGAACGUCUACUUCGAAACGUAUAUUAGUGGAAUAAGGGUAUAUCUCAUUAAGGACCCCUUAGACACUCUGCCGCAGGCACGUGUCAAAUGGCAAAGAUUAUAUUGGAGCCAUCAAGCGCUUAAACUUAUACUGGCCUAUGCUGUUAUGAGGUUCUCCUGGAUGGCAAUAUCUACUCUCUUCAACUAUUUCAAAGUGUAAUAGGAACAAAAGUGAAGAAAGAGAAUCCGGAAAUUUAGGAUAUACGAUUUAAGAAAUGAAUGGUGGAAAGUGGCGUCUUACUUUUAAAAAAAGGAGCGUCACAAAAAAGCGUGAAAUUUCAGAAAAACUCCAGAAGAAAGGAAUGAAAAAAAUUAACGAAGAACUGUCGCAUCAUAAUUCUGUAUAGAACAUGGUAUUAAUAUAAUAGAGACAAGAAAGAAUUCGAGAAUGGCAACAAUUUGAUCGUAUUAUUCUAACUUUGGAGAUCUCCGUAAAUAAACUGUAAGUAUAUAAUUAUAUGUUACCCUAUUUUUCCAAAAUAGACUUGUAGAUGUUAUAUAAAAAAAAAAAUUUUUAACAACCUUAUUGUGCUAUAUUUUAAGCAAGUUUAUUAUGGGAUUAUAGAGUAUUCGUUAUGUAUCGUAGCAGUAAUUGAUUAUGGCUUAAAAAUUAU